AACCGCUUAGAUGAAGCCAUGGAAUCCGACAAGCUGAACGAGUUGAACCGGCAAAUAAAUGAAAUCAAAAAGCGGAUUCUACUGGCAGAGGGCCAGAAGACGGCCAAUGCGGCCGAAUGGCAGAAGCAGAACCGCAUCAACUGCGACACCAUCGGAACUCUGAAAAAGGACAUCAAGGAGCUGACGGUGAAGGCGAGUCGCCUGCGAAAUCCUCUCCAGCGUCCAGUUGUCAUCAAGGAGGGCGCCUCAUCUGGCGGCGGGGAGAACCGAAGGGCCCAUAGCUGCACACCCACUUUGAUUGUGGGCAAGGCCACUUAUCCUGUCGGAGCCAAGAAUGCUGAAGAUGCUAUUUUUCUGACCGAUCUGAAAAUCACAGAGAGCAGGAAGCAAUUAGAUCUUCUCAGACACAAGUUCAAGUCCCGGCAGCAGCACUUUAGCCGGCUGGUAGAGAAGUAUCGGGGUCUUUUGGCCAACAAGGAGGCACAGAACCAAAAUCUAGGCGAGAAACCUCCGGAAACACUCGAGGAAGAUGCCAACAGAAAGCUGGUGUGCCAGCUGGAGAACGAGAUUCAUCGCACUAAUGUCCAGUGGAUGGAGGCGGAACACAUCCGUAAGAAGUACCGCUCCAUCGAAGCUUCUCUGAUGACCGAUGCCGAGCGUUUCGAGCGCAGUCUUCGGGAGCUGGAGGCUUCUCUGAGUGACCAGAAAGCCGAGAUCGAGCGGUUGCAGCAGGUUCACAACGAAGCAGUCGAAAUGCGAGACGCCGCCAAGGUGAUUUUGCAGCGACAGGAGCAGCAGGCCAAUCUCUCGCAGAAGACACGUGAACGCCAAGCUCUGGACUUUCGCAAGCAGGUGGAAGCCCGCAAGCUGGAGCUUGAAAGGAUUGGUCGCAAGCUAUUUGCAGAGACAAAGACACUAGUUCAUCAGGACAGUGUGGGCUCAAGUUCGGGUGACCAGCACACGGCCAAGACGGAGAACGGCGAGGAGGAGCCGGUGUCUCAGCUGGAGAGUGUAACCAGUGACAUGGAAUCGCUGUUCAAGCAGCUCAUGGAGGCCUCCGGAGCCACCUCUCCAUUCGAGGUUUUCGAGAGGUUCAGUGCCCAGAAGGAGUCCGCUGCCAGGCUGAAUUAUCUGAGAAAGGCAGCCGAGGCAGAGAAGGCCAAUCUGGAGGCGGAGCGAGAGGCUCUAACCAGCGAGCUGGAGGCCUCCAAGUUCUCGGACGUCAAGGAGAGUGAAGUGAAUCAAGAAGUCAUCGAACAGAUCAAGAACAGCAUUGCGGCCAAGGAGCAGGAUCGCAAGCUAGACACUGACGAGGCGGACAAAUCGAUGGGUGUUCUCAAGUAUCUCAAGGAACGUAUCUGCGAGAUGAUUUUCAAGGUUCAGGAAGUGGACGAAAGCAAUAUUGAGAUACUAGAACGGAAACUCCACGUAAGCGUGGCAGAGCUACCAAAUUUUCUGGCCCAUACCGCCCAAGAUGAGGACUUGAUUGAGAUUCUCAAAUUGAAGAUCAAACGCUGCCAGGAGCUGAGCAAGUCCGAGGACGUGCCACCCUUUGAGAUACCCAAGCUGGACAUUGUAGAGGAGGAGGACGAGGAAAUGUACAAGGCGGAGCAGCCCAAGUCGCCGUCCGCCCCGGAGGGCGAGAAACCGCAACCCAUGCCCAUGUGCUACUACAAUCUCUUUGCCGGACGAGCCCAAAGGGCCGCCGGCACAUCCUCUUCCUCGCCGGAGCAGGCCCCAGCGGCUGUGGCCACCACAGAUGACGAUAAUGAAGUCCCAUCACGUAACUUCCUUAAGCGACAAUCUGUGCUCAUUGUGGAUUCCAAAUCCAGGCGAAAGCCCUUCCGACCAGCUCCUGGGGGAAGGCGCAAGUAA